ACAAGAGCUGGCCACGUACGACAGAGGGGUGAAAACCUGUCAGAGAUUCAAACAAAGCAAUUGCCCGAUAUCUGGAAUUGUCACCAACCAGGGGUAAAUCUGAAUGACGCGGAUUGAAAUGCUUGUAGAUGUGGACCUGUCCUCAUCUGCAAUGGCCCCUGUAGCGAUGCAGCUGGUCUUGUAAUAUAAUAGUUUGAGUGCGCUCACAUUCAUUUCCUUUUCCAUCGGAUUGUCCUCGAAGGUAGGACGUGCCAUCGAUCUCAAAUUUAUCAAGAUGAAGUUCGUCUCGUUGCUGCCAUUUGCGUCCCUUACCUCAGCCGCUAUCCAUACCAUUCGUGUUGGAACCAAGGGAGCAGAUACAUUCACUCCUCCUGCGCUUAAUCCAAAAGUUGGUGACAUUAUUGUCUUCCAGCUUGAAAGCUUCCAUAACAUCGUCGAAGGAACGUUCGACAGCCCAUGCCAGCCUAAGCCAAAUGGCUUCUAUUCUGGCGAGUUCCCGGACACCGACAAGGGAAGACUCCGAUUUGUUACCAGAAUCGUUUCUCCCGAUCCCAUAUACUACUAUUGCAGUGUUGGAAGGCAUUGCCAGGUUGGCAUGGUCGGAGGCUUCAACACCCCGACUAGCGGAAAAACACUAGCAGACUAUGCCAGUCGUGCGAAGAGCGUCGCAGAGGCUUCAGAGCCAGAUGAGAUCCACGGUGGAAUCCUCAUCGAUGCCGCUCAGGUUCUUAAAUUGAAUGGAACUGGCUCAGCACAAGUCGCCGACAUUGACUCCUCAGAGGUCGUUGGCGCGAUGAGUCGCGAUGUCGCUGCAGCUGACGCAAUCCCUCCGUGGUAUCCUGGACAGUUCCCGGGCGUGGGACUUCCGCCGCCAUAUGGUCUCCCACCAUUUGCCCCCAAUCCAGUCGCUGGCGGACCUCCCCCAGGCGUCACUGGUCCACCACCGUGGUUGCCAGGUCCCCCUCCUGGUGUCGUUGGAUCCCCUCCUCCAUGGUCGCCUGCGGCUUUCUUCAACAAUACUUCACCACUGAGCUUCCUGCCUCCGUGGGUGCAUGCUUCUCUAUUUAACGGUACUGCGGGAUUGAGCUCCUUGUCCACACCUCAGGUCGGCCAGCUCUUUUCGACGAUUCAGCAGGCGAUUGGGAACUUCUUCGCGUCGCUGCAGAACAAUGCAACUCAACCUAUUCGUGGAAUGAGGAGGGAUGAAUAUUAAAAAUUUCACAUUAAACGAAUGUGAGAGAUUUCAACGAGAAGGUAGACACAUGUUUUUCAUUGGUUUAUCACGAACGGGGCUAAAUGAAUGUUCUAUCAUGUCACACAUCACGAUUCAAGUCAUAUCAAAGUCGAUCAGAU